AUGGCAAAGGACAAGCUCAAGAAGAAGGCCCUGCAGCCUAUUACCAGGGACUACACCAUCCACCUUCACAAGAUGGUUCAUCGCGCUACUUUCAAGAGAAAGGCGCCUACUGCCAUCAAGAAGAUUAAGGAGUUUGCCGCCAAGGCCAUGAAGACCACGGAUGUGCGCAUUGACAACACGCUCAACCGCUACAUCUGGUCGAACGGUAUUCGCAACCUCCCGCGCCGUGUGCGUGUCCGCAUUUCUCGCAAGCGCAACGACGAUGACGACGCCAAGGAGCCCAUGUUCACUCUUGUGCAACACGUGCCAGUUGAGGACUUCACUGCUCUGCAGACGGAAGUUGUCGCUAACGAAUGA